AUGCGGCGACCAAAGCGGAAGCGUUCCCGCAAAGUCCGCACAGCCAUUGUUUCCUCCGAUGAGAGUUCAGACUCGGAUAUAACAUCACAGGCUGCAUCUGCUCGUACAGCGUCGCCAUCGUCUUCUUCGGCGUCGUCGGUGUCUUCAGAUGAUGAUGAUGACACUUCAUUGUCGCAGUCAGAGCAAGCCCGGCAUAGCAAUGACCAAUUCGACGAAGACGAUCCUGCUCAUGAUGCGAUGGAACUGGAUGAUCCAGAUGCAAAGCAUAACACUCUACUGCCGCCGAACUUGGUGUUUCCGGGACAGGCUGAGUCGUCAUCAGCUUCUCAUUACAAGCGCAAGGCACCUAUGGAAAGGCGUAUCAGCACGAUGAGCUCAGAGGACAUAUCCAAGGAGCUAGCCGAAAAGCAGCGUAAAGCUUUUCAUGCAUUAUAUAUGCAGGCACUCACAGAUGACUUUGAGAACGAUCUGGAUCACAUUCGACAACACGAUCCACGCCUGAUGGAGGAUGCUAGCACAAGUCGGGCUACAGGGCGAAUGACUCUUUUGGUAGAUGCAUUAUCAUUUGGAAGCGAAGCAUUUACUCAUGCACAGGCAUCGAGUCACCAAGUGGCUCUCGCACUACCAACGAAUCAAACGGAGUCAUGA